AUGAUAGCAGCUGAUUUCACGCUGCAAUGCUAUGAUAGCUGCAUGCAUGCAGCGGGAGCAGGAGGGGAGCACGUGAAGGAAUCUCAGCUUGGUUGCCGAGACUGCUUGGCGACCUACAAGCCUAGAAUCAACGAUAUAGCACCGGAUCUAAUCAAUGGUCCAGCUCCAAUCGGAGUCACCUCUGCCAACGUCGAUAUCCGCACCAGAAGGUUUAUAGAUGAAUCUGGUUUAGCUAGUCUCGGACAUAUCAGGGCUAUAGCAAACAUCACUUCACUACAGACUCCACUUACGAUGCCACAGUUGGAUAUAAGAGCACAAGUUUUUGCCAAAUUCAUCGACGUUUUGAAUGUCACUUUGGAUCCUCCAUUCAAUAUUUACCCCAACACAGACAGCUUUCUGUCUGCAGCUGCUUAUACUUCUUAUCUUUUAAAACAAUAUUACGCUGGUAUUAUGCCUUCGAUUCUCGGCAACCUGGGGAAUGUUACAACCUUACUUACUGCACAAAUUAUUAACCAACUGGGUGGCUGCGGCGUGAAAGAUGAAGGUUUGACUGUGCCACUUCCACUCGGAGCUGAGACUCGAACUACCAAUAACGUCAUACCGGCGGAUGUCAACACACUUUCAUAUAAACGGACUGCACUGGAAAUCUUGAGGAUCGUGUUUAUAACUGGCAACGCCACCAGAGCCGGUGGAUUUUUUCCGAAUGGUUUCGUGGGGACGCUUUAUCAACGGAUUGUUGCCCUAAACCAAAGCCAAGAGCUUUGAAGCAUUGGG